AUGGCACACGCCAACGACACCGAAAAAUCCGACCAGCAUAACAAAGUGGAGCGGUUCGACAGCGCAGCUCCUCACAAUUCCGAUCCUUAUAACGAGCUUUCUCUCAAAGCCGCACUCCGACAAUACCCCAAAUACGUCUACUACGUCCUCGGCCUGGCAACGGUCAUCAUACUCUGGGGCUACGACCUCGUCGUGGUAGGCAGCAUAACCGCUGUAGACCCCUUCCUCCGCGAUUUCGGCGAGUUCGACAGAAUAGAGGACAAUGAAGAGAAAUGGAUCAUACCAGCAUUGUGGCUAUCUCUUUGGCAAGCGAUGCCUUGCGUUGGACAACUAUUCGGCGCCGUCACGGCAGGUCGUCUGCAGGAUAAGAUUGGGAGGAAGAGAUGCUUGCUGAUUGCGAGUGUCAUCACAGCGUUGAGUGUCCUGGUCGAGAUGUUGGCGUACAAAGCACCAAGCGUCAAUGGGAGGAGGGGCGUUUUCCUGGCUGGAAAGAUCGUGCAGGGCUUUGCGCUCGCGUUGAUCAAGAUGGUGACGUUGACGUGGGUGAGUGAGACGGCGCCGACGUGUUUGAGGGGUGCUGCUAUGGCAAUAUUUCCGGCUUUUAACCUACUCGGUCAGCUAAUCGGGGCCCUCGUCAUCUUCGGCGUCAAUCAAAUCAAGAACGAGACGGGAUAUCUCAUUGCGUUUGGCGCACAAUGGGCCUUUUCCAUCGCGCCUUUCGCAAUGGCAUUCUUGCUUCCGGAGAGCCCUGCCUACCUCGUCCGAGAAAAGAAGAUGGAUGCUGCUCGCGCAUCACUCGCUCAACUCUUCGCUCCGAAAAAUGAUGUUGAAGACAUGCUUGAGAAGCUUCGAGCAGCCAUUGCAGAAGAAGAGCGUACUGCAGGUAGCAUCACCUACAAAAAAUGCUUCCAAGGGACCAACCGCCGACGCUCGCUCAUCGUCAUCUUUGCAAAUCUGCUUCCUCCGCUCUUCGGUCUACCCCUGCUGACUUCGUCCUCCUACUUCCUACAACAGGUCGGUAUGUCGUCCACAUACAGCCUGAUGAUGCUCAUCGUCGGCAUUGUGGUUGGAACCAUUGCGAAUCUAGGUUCUACGUGGACGCUUUCUCACGUCGGUCGACGCCGCCUCACCAUCUCCACACUGCUCCUAGCCGCAGCUAUCUGGACCGCCAUGGGUGUCGUCGGCUGCGUGACUGUACAAGGGUUCACCCCAUGGCUCACUGCUGCAUUCCUCAUGCUGAUCAUCACCGUGUGCGGUCUGGGAGUGUGGCCGGCGUCCUAUGCCAUCAUGUCAGAAGCUUCUGCGCUGCGUCUUCGCGCGCCUUCGCAAGCAAUUGGAGGCAUUUCGGCCUACGUUUCCGCGAUAUUUACCAACUUUGUGCUCCCGUACUUGUACAAUCCUGAUGCUGCAGAUCUGAAGGCGAAGACGGGGUUUGUCUUUACGGGCUGCUGUGUGCUUGCGGCGGGAGCUACUUGGUUGGUUGUGCCCGAGAUGAAAGGAAGAAACGUAAGUCAGGUUGAUCGGAUGUUUCAAGAGUGUGUUGGUGCAAGGGAAAGUAGGAAGUGGAGAAGUGGCGUGGAAACUGAAAGCCAAGAGCCAUGA